AUGCCCCUUCCAACCGUCUUCUCGAAUUCCUACAGCGUAACCACGCCCACAACCCUCCGCGUAACCCAAAGCUACUGGUCCUGGUUCAAAAGCACCGGGCGCGGGUACACAAUCACCGAGCUGACGGACCGCGCAUCGGCGUCGCCGCUCUUCACCGUUGAGACGAGGCUAAGUGGGAAGUAUCGCGUUUUCAGGGAUAGAGAGGGCACACCGCUUUGUCGGUUGCAGAGGAAUUUUCUGAAGAGGGAUGGGGCGUGGGUUCUUACGAGGAUCAAGAGUGGGGAUGAUGGAGACAGGGAGGGUGAACCAGAGGUGGGGAAGGAGAAGGACGAAGGGGAGGAGAGGCUAUUCACGGUGUCGUAUGAUCAGCUUCGGUGGAAGAUGACGAUCAAGAUCAAUGGGGCUGCGAUAUCGAAUUCUGGAUCUGAAGCCCGCUCUGAGUCUGGGGGCGUCGAGUUACAGAUCAAAUCGGUGAAUCUGUGGGGAAGCGGGUUUACGGUUGUACUGGGUGACCAGACGGUGAUGAAGAUGCGGUGCACGAAUAUGAUGCAUAAUGCCAUGAGUUCGUUCAAGGUUACGCCACCGAGGUGGGAGGUGGAACUGGUCGAGGGGAUGGACUCGGUUCUGGCUGCAACGAUCGCGGUGGUGAUAUCGGACUCCUUCUCGGAAAUGCAUAUUUACAUGGUUUGA